UUAUCGAAUAAGCCAACUAAAAAAAACAUUUACCAGAAAAAACCAACCAUACAAAAACACUUUCCUUCUAUCUAUUUCAUUUCUCCUUAUCAAAUUCAAGGCACUUUUUUUUUUGGUUUUGAAAAAGCCUUAUCAAAACACUUUCAUUGAAGAAAAAUGGCGGAAAGCGUGGUGACCUUCCUGCUAGACAACCUCUCUGUUCGACUGCAAGAGGAGUUUCGGCUCCUGAGCGGCGUUCGAGAUGAUGUACAGUACAUUGUCGACGAGUUGGAGAGAAUCAAAGGCUUCUUAAGAGUUGCGGACGCCAUGGAAGAAAACGAUAUCCAGCUCAAGGUCUGGGUCAAACAAGUCAGAGACGUCGCUUACGACAUUGAAGACUCCCUUGACGAGUUCAACCUUCGUUUUUCUCAUUUCCAUGGCCGUGGAUUCCACGCGCCGCUUCGGAAGCUUCUCCGCUUCGUCAAAAACUUAAGAGCCCGCCAUCGAAUUGCUUUGGAGAUACAAGUAUUCAAGUCCAGAGUGGAAAUUAUCUCGGAAGGUCACCAUAGAUACGACCUUCGAAGUCGAAGGCUAGGCUCGAGCUCAGGUGGUUUGAUCCGGGGACGAUUGGCGAGUCAGGGGGAUGCGCUUUUGAUUGAGGAAGCGGAUUUGGUCGGAAUCAGUGAGCCCAAAGGACAACUAAUUGAGUGGCUCAUGAGGAAUGAUUCCGGACGACAAGUCGUUUCGGUGGUGGGAAUGGGAGGGUUGGGGAAGACGACAUUGGUGAAGCAAGUUUAUGAGGAUCCGAAAGUGAAGAAACGCUUCAAGGUUCAUGCUUGGAUAUCUGUUUCUCGGUCGUUCAAGACCAAAGAUCUCUUGAAAGAUGUCGUCAACCAAAUCUUCAGGGUUAUCAGAAAACCAGUUCCACCAGAAGUGUCCACCAUGAGCAAUGAUCUUCUAAAGGAGAGAGUAAAAAACUUGCUUAAACAGAGUAGAUAUUUGAUUGUUCUUGAUGAUGUUUGGCAGGUAAAAGCUUGGGAUUCGAUCAAACUGGCUUUACCCACAAACGACAUGUAUGGUAGCAGAGUUAUGAUCACCACUCGCAAUGCUGAGAUAGCUUCUGCGAGCUGUGUUGAAACCCAUGAUUGGGUUUACAAUUUUGAGCCUUUAGGGGAGAAAGAAUCUUGGGACUUGUUUUGUAUGAAAGCCUUUCACUUUCAGGGUGGUUUAUGCCCUCCUCAUUUGGAGGAAACUUGUCGAUUGAUAUUGAAAAAGUGUGGAGGAUUGCCUCUUGCAAUUGUGGCAAUUGGAGCUGUUUUGGGUGCCAAAGACAAGACGAGUAAAGAUGAAUAUACCAUUCUAUAUGAUUGUAUUGGUUCUGAGAUUGAAGGGAAUUACAAUCUUGAUAGCAUGAAAAGAGUCCUUUCUCUUAGUUUUAAUGAAUUGCCAUACUACUUGAAAUCUUGUUUCUUGUACUUGAGCAUCUUUCCUGCUUUGCAAAGCAUCGAAACUAUGAGAUUGAUUCGGCUAUGGAUAGCUGAAAGUUUUGUGGUUGAGAAAGAAGGAAAAACUCUUGAAGAAGUUGCUGAGGGUUAUUUUAAGGAGCUUUUGAAUAGAGGGCUAGUUCAAGCGGCUGAGACAACCAAUGAUGGAAGGAUCAAAUCAUGUCGGGUACAUGAUAUUCUAAGGGAGAUUGCCAUUUUGAAGUCCAAGGAUCAAGAUUUUGCUGAUACAGCGAAAGAGCAAGGUUCCAUGUGGUCAGACAAAGCUAGGCGCUUAUCGAUCUUUAACAUACCGCAGAAUGUAGAGCACAAAAGAGUAUCCAAACUUCGUUCAUUGCUUAUAUUCCCAGAAGAAGAUUUGGCUGCUGAAUUUUCAUUAUCAGCAUUGUUUCCUAGAGGUUUUAGGCUGCUCAAGGUAUUAGACUUGCGAGGUGCAUCAUUGGAGAUUUUUCCAAGAGAAAUAGUUAAGCUAAUUCAUUUGAGGUAUUUAAGCUUGAGGAAUACCAAGGUGAAUCAUAUUCCUAGCUCUAUUAAGAAGCUUCAAAAUUUAGAGACACUGGACCUUAAACAAACUUAUGUCACUGAGCUUCCUGUGGAGAUUGCGAGUCUCAAGCAACUCCGGCAUCUCCUGGCAUAUCGAUAUGAAAUUGAGUCUUAUGCACAUUUUGACUCCAAGUAUGGUGUUAAGGUCCCUUUAGGAAUAGGAAGCCUUCAGUCACUUCAGAAGCUCUGUUUUAUAGAGGCAAAUCAAGGGAAUGGUUCUAUAAUGACAGAGCUGGGAAAUAUGAAGCAGCUGAGAAGGUUAGGGAUCAUAAAAUUCAGAGAAAGAGAUGGUAUUGCUUUGUGUUCUUCAAUCGAAAAGCUCACGAAACUUCGCUCUUUGUCUAUCACUUCUGAACAAAAGGAGAAUGUGAUUGAUCUUCAACAAAUUUCUUCUGCACCUGAAUCUCUACAAAGGCUGUACUUGGCUGGGCGUUUCGAAAAGUUACCUCACUGGAUAAACUCUCUUCAAAAUCUAGUAUUACUACAUUUAAAAUGGAGUAGGUUAAAGGAAGAUCCUCUGGUACAUCUUCAGAAUUUGCCUAAUCUGGUUCAUCUUGAGUUUCUUCAGGUUUAUGAUGGAGAUAGCCUGCAUUUCAGAGAAGGAGGCUUCCCAAAGCCCAAGCUAUUAGGUCUUGACAAAUUAGAUAGACUUCAAUCUGUGACAAUGGAUAAUGGGGUCAUGCCAAGACUUGAGAAGUUGGUCAUACAACGCUGCAAACUCUUGAAGAAUGUCCCAACUGGAAUUGAACACUUGACUAACUUAAAGGCAAUCGAGUUUUUCGACAUGCCUGAUGAGUUAGUCAUGAAACUUCGUCCAGAUGGUGGAAAAGAUUACGAGAAGAUUACUAAUGUACCAGCAGUUUACUCUUCUUAUUGGAUAGAUGGUGCUUGGGAUGUAUAUUCUAUUGAGAGGUUCAGUGAAAGAGAGAGUUCUCAGCCAGGUACUACUGCUGCUAUAGCAGAGAGGAGACACCAGAGGAGUACUCUAUGGAAAGUGUAAAUUUUUGUACAAUCAGGUUUUUUUGUGUAUAUGGUUAUUACAUAAAUACAUAAAUAUACUUUAUACAAGUUUAAUAAAAAAGUUUAUACAAGGUGUUAUGCUGCAA